AUUUCCUUAUGCUCAUUGAGUGUGGAUCAUUACUUCUUCCCAAUUUAUAGGUGGAAGUCUUGCAAUUAUGAAUAGAAGGAUGCCUACCUUUGAUGUCGUAAUUGUCAUUUGCAUUUUUAGCGAAUCUGAUGUUUGCAAAUUGCUUCAUCAAUAGAUAAUUGUUAUUGACCACAUUAUAUGUAGAAGACAUGCUUAUGACCUUCAUUGCCAUCUUGCAUUAUUGCUUCUAUCUACCAAGAAUGCAACAGAGAAAAGCAGGGUUUAACUAGAACUACGUUGAUGUUGGAAGUGGCCCAGUUACGAAGAAAGGCCGACAUGUCAUAGAUCAACGACAGUAACAAAAACAGGAGAAGAUUCCUUUCUUUCAGAUUCAAAAUAUCUUACUAGAGAUGAUUGAAAGAGGGCCAGCUAAGAACGAAGCUGAACAUGUCGUUUGAUACUUAUAAUCAUCAUCCCCUCCAUAAAUCACUCAUAUGGCCAGAAAAUCACCCCGUUCCAUCCUCAGAAGAGCUCCCCCUCGCCUGCUCUUGAUCCUUCUCUUCAUAACCAUCCCUGCUUGCAUGAUCGCAAUAUUCACACAUGGCCAGAAGAUCUCCUACUUCUUCCGCCCUCUCUGGGACAGCCCCCCACGACCGUUCAUCCGCAUUCCCCAUUACUACGCCGAGAACGUCUCAAUGCAACACCUCUGCCACCUCCAUGGUUGGUCCCUCCGCUCUAAACCCCGCCUUGUGUUCGAUGCGAUCCUCUUCAGCAACGAGCUUGACAUCCUUGAGAUCCGGUGGCGUGAGCUCCUCCCUUACGUUCACAAAUUCAUCCUCCUGGAGUCAAACACAACCUUCACUGGCAUUCCCAAACCACUCUUCUUCUCUGAGAACCGCCAGCAGUUUGACUUUGUGGGCGAUAAGAUUGUCCAUGCCACAACCCCAGUGCAGGGCACUGAUGUGAGCCACAGGGACCCAUUCACCCAUGAGGCACAGCACCGCAGGGCCGUUGAUGCACUCAUUCGCCAUGCGGGGGUUUCAGUAGGAGACCUGCUCAUAAUGUCGGACACUGAUGAGGUGCCAAGCCCGCACACAGUGAGGCUUCUCCAAUGGUGUGACGGGCUCCCACCUGUGAUGCACCUGGAGCUGAAGAACUACAUGUAUUCUUUCGAAUUCCCUGUGGAUUUCAGCAGUUGGCGGGCCACAGCCCACAUUGUGGGGCCGAGGACACGGUACCAGCAUUCCCGUCAGACAGAUCUUCUAUUUGCUGAUGCAGGGUGGCAUUGCAGCUUUUGCUUCCGACGGAUAAAAGAUUUUGUGUUUAAGAUGACAGCAUACAGCCAUGCCGACCGUGUGAGGAGUCCAGAUUUUCUGAGCUACUGGAGGAUACAGAGGAUUAUCUGUCGUGGCAACAAUCUUUUCGACAUGCUGCCAGAGGAGUAUACCUUUAAGGAGCUUAUUCAUAAGAUGGGAUCAAUUCCAAAGUCAGUGUCAGCUGUUCAUCUUCCAUCUUCUCUAUUACAGAAAGCUGAGAAGUUCAGGUUCCUUCUGCCUGGCGGAUGUUUACGGGAGCAUGGCUGAAGUUUUUUUGGGCCAAGUAAUCGCCAAAAUUCAAAUUUUCAAAUAAGGAUACAAUGGUUUUUCUUAAUGACAAAAAGGAAAAAAAGAGUUGAAGAUUA